AUGGCAGCAAAUCUUGGGAAGAGAUCGCUAGCUGAUGUACACCAAGAGGGACUAGAUGAGAUACUCUCUGGAUUGACGGAAUUUUACCCUGGUCACUCAAGUCAUGACAUACAUUCCAUAGGCAUACCAAUUCUGGAUGCUUUACACGAAGUCUUUGCGCCCAAAGCACUUGCUGUGCCAGAUGCUGCGAAUGAUAAAUCUCCAGUACUAAAACAACAAACCGCUGAAGAGGAAAUACCGCCGCAUACUGAAGACCGGCCUUGGCUGGAUGAAAUACACGCGCAAGACAUUGACCCACCUGCCAAUGUGUCGUUCUCAGUCCCUGAGGGUAGUAAGAAACAGCAUAAUCCCAUCGUGGAGAUUGCAAGCAGCUUGUCAGCUUCGGGAAAGUCACAGCUACUGUACUAUCUCACCGCUAUCGCUAUCUUACCACAAAAACACGGGGACAUCUUAGUCCAUGGUCAAGAGGCAGCUGUGGUGUUCAUAGAUACCGACAACCGAUUCGAUGCCGAAAGACUAAGAACUGUGGCUCGUGGUAUACUGCAGCGAGGGCUAUCAGGAGAGACCCUAGAUCUCGAAUCACUGCUCGUCUCUUCACUACAGCAUGUCCAUAUCUUUCGCCCGCAAUCUUCAUCCGCUCUUCUAGCCACAAUCCACACGCUAGACUCGUACCUUUUCGACCUCUCGCGACAUCAUUCCGCAUCUCGUCCCUUACAUAUGAUAGCUAUCGAUAGUGUCACCGCCUUCUUCUGGCAAGACCGCCUGCGCGACGAAGUUGCUCGGACCGAAGAAAUUGGGCGUCCUCAGGCAGAAAUUGAUUCCGAGCGAGAGCGAAAAACCAGAUUUCAUUUGUCUGACCUCUAUACCGAGGUGGCGAGGGAGCUGAAGAGUCUACAGAGUCAGUUCCAGUGUGCAAUUGCGUAUACCGCAACGGUCUCAGGAGGCCGGCUUUAUUCCAGCGAACCACAGGGGUUCCACUCCCAGGCUCGCGUUCCAUCGCUGAGACCUGCUCUCCCUGCCUGGGGCACUUUCCCAACAUUGCGUCUGAUUGUCCACCGGUCUUCUGUUCGUCAAUUUCCACCGAGCAUGACCGCUCAUGCAGCCACGAAGGACGCCCCUUCGCGGCAGAGUGUGGUCCAGCAAGGCAAGAUAUCCGCAUGGGUCAAUCCAUGGGGACGUGAUGAAUGGCCUCGUCGCAUAGUUGAAGCAAUUGAGGCGAAGAAUGGUGGGAGAUUUUCCUUUUACAUACUUGACUCUGGCGUUGAGAUGACUGAUCCUCAUUAUUGA